UAUGUGGAUUCAUCAACUCUAGCAGCAACAAUAUUAUUAUAAAAGAUAUGUUAAGAAAUAACUGGAAAUUCCUCUUAGGCACGUUUCUGUACCAAUUACUCUGGAUAUUUACUGAGCCUUAUCAACAAACGCAUCAAAAGUUGGCAUUACCAACAGAAGAAACUAUAAGUUUCAGAGACGGCGGAAUUGUAUUUGUUAACGUAUACGAAACCGGAAAAUUAAUUUGUCCCUUCCGGCCAGGCGAUUUUCUUCAGGAAUGGUCUAAUAAGAACUUGGUUGCUACUUGUAGUCAUGUGGAGUACAAGGAAAACCCAGCGUUCCAAGUAGUAAAUGUUACAUGUCAUAAACUAGAAUCUACAUUAAUAGUUUCUGUUUUAACUGCAAAACCACCAUUGGUCUUCUUCUGUCUGACAAGGAGACGAAAGAAUUUGAGGUUCAUGAUUCAACCUUUAUACAACGGUGUUGGAAAUCUUUUUUUGUAUGAUCACCGCGACACUCUUCCUGCCGGGUCAACUUUACGAUUGAUCUGUGAAUUAGGCGAAAGCACCACUUUGAUAUGGUACCAUGGAGACGGCGCAGUACUGGCAUCGUAUAUAUACUGUGUUGAUUCAAAUUAUGACCAUACAAAAUUUCCAGGGCGUAUUUACAUUACAUGUAAUUCUGAAUUACAUAAAUCGUCUCUGACUAUCCACCCUGUCAAACCAUCUGAUGGCCGUUUUAGUAUUGUUUGUAAAACAGACGAACAUGCUAGCAUGAUUAAUAUAACGGUUUUCAGAUCUGUAGACUUUGUUGACAUUGACAUCGGUGAUAUGGAAGCUGUUGUGAAUAAAGUUACAAUUGUUGUAUGUCCUUUUGAAAAAGGAGAUGAAUUGAAGUACUGGAAAAUGAAUCAAACUUUGGUUAGUUGUAGGAACACGUCAACCAAGUCUAACUCGAAAUACUAUAUAUCCCAAGUUAAGUGUAAUAAUCAAUUCUCUCAAAUUUCCAUCAAACUUUUGACUAAAAUCAAUAAAUUAACACUCUACUGCGUAAGUAAGAAAAAUAAGCUCAUGAAGAUCACAUUAAUACCCAAACAAGAUGAAUCCAACGCCAAUAUUAUAAUUAUAGCGGUUUCAUCAGUAGGACUGUGUCUCUUGGUUUUCUUUAUAGCUAUAAUUGCCAUCUUGAAAUUUACUGAUGGCUUAUGUUUCAAGAAAUUGCAGAUAUGCGAUGACUACUUAAACAAAGAUUAAAGCGAUGAAUAAAUACUAUAUUAACUAAACGAGAAUAUUUCCUCCUAUUUUGCUCUGUUAAGCGUACGCCAUUAAACACGUGAUAUACAUAUAUAUAUAUAUAUAAAUAGAUACAUGCAUAUGUUUUAGAAAAGCUUGUUUUACGUAACGCUCAACGUAUUAGCCAAUUUAGUGAUAUCAAAACCUCGUGCUUUGUGCAUUAAAAAGCAAAUUUGAAACAGCUACGUAUUUGAGGAAAUAUUAUUUUCAUUAUGCAUUUAACACGAAUAAAUAAUUAGAUUAUUUAUGAUUACUCACUUAACAUGAAUAAAUAAAACAAUAUUAGUGAAUUACUAAUAUACUUGUGCUAAAUAUAUUAUUUAGGUUGUUAAGUGAGCAAUGAAUAUAGCAACGCUCUAAGAUAUUAGUGAAUUCUUAGAACAGGAUUAUGUACUUUAAGACAAGAUGCAUGCAGUUAAAAGGCUACGGUUGUAAAAGAAGGAACUGAAAGCAUUAUAGCGCUCAAAUGUCUCUUCAUAACAUGAAGACAGAAUACGUUGUUAUGUGUAAUUGAUAACUGAAACGGUUUAGACAUUCAAUAACAAUUUUAUUUUGUAGCCAUUUACAACUGUAAAAUGCGCGUUCAAUAAAAUAUUUG